UAUUAUUGUUCCCCUGGUCUUCACAGCCGUCGAAGCUGAAGCUAGUCAUGUGUCCAAUUGCUUUUCAUCAGUUAGCUAUUCUUAUUCCAGCUCUGACUUAUCAUUGUCUGAUAAUCUCAUUUUAAAACAAUGCUAAGAACGUGUAUUCGGUCUGUGUUAGACACAUUCAUUAAAACAUCGGGUUUAAAACGGAAGGGACCUUGUUAGUUUGUCCGGAAUUUAUCAAUUUUAGAGCUAACAUGUUGCUAUCUAACUAGCUAGCUAGUUACACGUUUGUAAAGCCGUAAAUGUCUAUUUAAUGUCUAUUUAAUGUAUUGGUGAGUGAACUUGGUGGACGUUAGAAGCGAGUAACGUAUCUCACGGUAAAAAUGGAUUCGGAGCGUGGGAGAGACAGCCGGAGUUGGGACUGGGACAGCCCCCAGUGCCGAGCCCAACUGGACGAGAUCUUUUUCCGCCGACAUGACUACAUCCAGGCCGGCAGCCAGGAGCACAGAGAGUUCUGGUCUUUCUUUGACCGAUUCCAGAGGUUUAAAACAAAGAGGGACAUGUCUGCAGCAGGAACAAAAGAGGACAGGAAAGACGGGAGAAAGACUGGCGCCGGAGCGCUAGACCUCGGUCUUCCUGAAGAGUAUGAUGCCCGCUACAGGAUCAACGUGUCUGUGUGCACCGGGGAUGUGGAGGAGCGCCUGGGGAAGUCCGAGCACAGAUGCCGGCCGAGAGCUUCAGGUCCAGGCAGCCAGGAGGUCUCAGACUGCCGCCUGGCUCUGCUGCACUUCCUGGACUUCAGCCAGAGACAGAGCUUUGGGAAGCUGGCCAAGCUUCGCCGGGAGCAGAAGAACCUGCCCAUCUUCCAGUACCGGGACCGGAUAGUGGAGCUAGUGCGACAGCACCCCGUGGUUGUUGUGGCAGGUGACACGGGCUGUGGGAAAUCUACCCAGGUACCUCAGUAUCUUCUCUCGGCUGGAUUCAACCACAUAGCCUGCACCCAGCCUCGGCGCAUCGCCUGUAUCUCCCUGGCCAAGAGGGUCAGCUUUGAGAGUCUCAAUCAGUACGGCUCAAAGGUGGGGUACCAGAUCCGCUUUGAGACCACCCGGACCCCGGCCACCAAACUGCUAUUCCUGACGGAGGGGCUGCUGCUGCGGCAGAUCCAGAAGGACCGGACUCUAGACCAGUACCAGGUGUUGAUUGUGGACGAGGUCCAUGAGAGACACCUCCACUGUGACUUCCUGCUCGGGGUCCUGCGUUCUCUGCUGGCGGAGCAGCCAGACCUGCGUCUCAUCCUCAUGUCAGCCACCAUCAACAUCAAACUCUUCUCCGACUAUUUCAACAGGGCUCCUGUACUGCAGGUACCAGGCCGCCUGUUCCCCAUACAGGUGAUAUACCAGCCCAUUCCAGCUGAGGAGCAGCCCUCGCGUUCAGAGAAACUGGAUCCCAGACCCUAUCUGCGCAUCCUCCAGGGCAUCGAUCAGCGUUACCCUCCAGAGGAGCGCGGCGACCUGCUUAUCUUCCUCAGCGGGGUGGCGGAGAUCUCCACCAUCCAGGAGGCCUGUCAGAUUUAUGGCACACACACACGCCGCUGGAUUGUCUUACCGCUGCACAGCACCCUCUCACUGGCCCAGCAGGAUAAGGUGUUUGACAUUUCUCCUCCUGGGGUGAGAAAGUGCAUCAUCUCCACCAAUAUUGCAGAGACCUCCGUGACAAUAGAUGGAGUGCGCUUUGUUGUAGACUCAGGGAAGGUAAAGGAAAUGAGUUUUGACCCUAAGGCAAAGAUGCAACGUCUGCAGGAGUUCUGGAUCAGCCGAGCCAGCUCUGAGCAGAGGAAAGGGCGAGCCGGGCGCACGGGUCCAGGAGUGUGUUACCGCCUGUACGCAGAGUCGGACUACGAUGCCUUCGCCCCUUAUCCUGUCCCUGAAAUCCACAGAGUGGCACUGGACUCCCUAAUUCUUCAGAUGAAGAGCAUGUGUCUUGGAGAUCCUCUUUCUUUUGUGUUCAUUGACCCGCCUCCAGCUGCUAGCAUCCAGACGGCAAUCACUUAUCUGAAGCAGCAGGGGGCGCUAGACGCUCAUGGAGAACUGACCUCUAUUGGUAGUUUGCUGGCACAGCUGCCUGUGGAUGUGGUCAUAGGGAAGAUGCUGGUGCUGGGCUCUCUGUUUAAGCUGGUGGAUCCCGUGUUGACGGUAGCGGCGGCCCUCAGCGUUCAGUCGCCUUUCCUGCGCAGCGCACAGCACAACCCUGACUGUGCCACCGCCCGCCAGCCCCUGAACAGCAACCACGGAGACCCCUUUACCCUGCUCAACACCUUCAAUGCCUGGGUGGAGGUGAAGGGAGAGAGAGGUGGUGGCUCGAGGAAGUGGUGCAGGAGGAGAGGCCUGGAGGAGCAGCGGCUCUACGAGAUGGUCAACCUACGCAGACAGUUCAAGGAGUUGCUGAGGAGCCACGGCCUGCUGGAGUCAGAGCACAGUGCCCCCUCUGGCGGUGACCGCGGGCAACGCAGGGAGAGGCUAGCCGAGAGGAAGAAGCUGCAUCAGCUGAAGAGAGACCACGAGCAGCAGGAGGGCAGCAGGCGUAAAGUCCUGAGGAUGGACGAGGGCCAGGACGGAGAGUUCUCCUCGGGAUCCGACACCGAGGGAGGCCGCGCAGGCAAGAAGGACCAGGAGGGAUCGGGACAGAACAUGGACAUACAGGAGGUAAAGUUCAAGUUGCGGCACAACGUCUCGGAGCUGCAGGAGGCGGCCAGCGUCAGUCAGGACAUGUCCUCCCGCCAGCAGGCUCUCCUCAAGCUGCUGCUGUGCCGAGGCCUCUACCCCCAGCUGGCCCUGCCGGACGAGCACAACACCGCCCGCAAGGACUCGGACCAGGUGUUUCACACAAAGAAUAAGCAGGGAGUGGUAAUUCACCCGACGAGUGUGUUUGCCAGUGACCCAGAGGUGCUACAAGUGCCCGAGGACGACACCAGAGAAAUGGGGCCGGAUAGGCGGGACAGCACCAGACACCAGCUGCUGGCCUUCGUCACUCUGUUAGAGACCAACAAGCCGUAUUUGUCCAACUGCGUGCGGGUUCCAGCGCUGCAAGCUCUGCUGCUGGUGGCCAACUCUGUGGACAGCAACGCCGACUGCACGCGUCUGGUGGUGGACGGCUGGCUGGAGCUGGAGCUGCGGGAGGCGGAGGACGCCCUGAAGGUGCUGUCCACCGCUCUCGCCCUCAGGGCCGAGUGGGAGCGCCUCCUGUUGGCCCAGCUGGGACAGAGCACGAUGGGGGGAGCAGCAGUCCAGGGGGUGUCCCGCAAAGUCCUGGAGAAGCUGAGCGAAGGACUGGUCCGCUUCCUGCUUUACACUGAGGUCAGUUACAGCCUUCGGCGACUCACAGCGUUCCAGACCCAGAACCUGUACAUCGGCCCCCAGUCACAGUCGGAGCUGUCUCCCACCAACGCUCCAGAGGUUAACCCGCUGUUUCCAGGAGUCGAGGCCAAGCCGGACCCCAUCAAAGGAGGCCUGCGUGUCACCAGCUUCUUCAACUACAACUGUCUGGCUGACUCGAAGGAUCUCUACAGUGAGUGUUUACGCACUUUCUGGACCUGUCCUAACUGCGACCUGUACAUGCCUCUGACUCCACUGGAACGCAUGCAGCACGAGGCCUCCUGCAGGCCGGCAGGGGAACAGCAGCAGCCGGAGGAAGAGCCAGAAGGUGGGAAGGCGAGCUCAUCCUCGGUGUCCAGUCUUACCAGAGUUUACCACUGCGACGUCUGCGAUGAAGACCUGGCGCUCACCUCCACUGAGAUCCUCAAACAUAAAAGACAGCACAUGUACUCUGUUAAGUAGAGGACAACAGUCCAUCCUGUCGAGGACAGACUUGAGUGUAUACAACAAAGUUGUUGUUUUGUUUGUGUCUCCGCUCUUCUUCCCUUUUGUACUUUAUUAAAGUAGUGCUUCCCUCUA